AUGGACUCCAGACCCUUUGCAAGCUUGGUGAACGAGCCCAUCGAGCCUGGAGAGGCUCGGCCUAACGCCUCUGAGACUCCCAAUGUGGCGUUCGAGCCUGAAGCCGGUGGGACAAUGAGCACAGCUGGAGCACGCCUGGCUGAUUAUAUGGACUUCAAGGACGAAGGCAUGGAAGAGGACUUAGAUGUAGAUAGGACUUUGCUGGCGGAGGAGGAAGAGGACGAGAACAUGCCGGCGUCAGCAGAUGAGGCCCGCUUUGCCGCACUAUUGGAAGAAGGACCUAGCAAAGAGCAAAUGGAAGCAGAAUCAGCUCAAGACCCCUUCUCUGCAACGCCGGGAGCAACAUCUUUCACGUUUAUCCGGACAACGCUGCAGCAUCUUAGCAGGGGACUGGUCGCCAAGAAGUUGGACGCGUCCAACAAUUUCGAACUAUCCUUCGAAUUGGUUUUGCAUCAAACCGCCAAAGAGCGCAGGGGUGUGGCACAUUUCUCUGUAGGGGGAUCCACCAGAAGCCAGCUGCCUCGUGUUUGCAUACCUCCUGGGUCUACAAAAUUGUAUUUCUUCUUGCGGCAAGGUUCUUUCCGUGCAAAAUUGGCAACAGCCCCCAUUCCCCGCAAUCGGCUUGUUCGGGUGAGUUUUCGGCUGGUGCAACAUGUGAUAUCUGUGUCAGUCGAUGGCGUGGAGCAGGCUACUGCCUCAGCCGACGGCUUGCAGGUGCCAGUCCCUGCCAAGAUGUUCGCAUAUUUUGAUGGUCCAGGCGACAUCGCCGCGGAGGCGAUGGUAGGAAAUGCAGUCUAUCGCUGGCGCCACUUUACUUUGCGACCCAGGGUGCAGGCAACAACGAUCUUUGAGCUGCCACCGGAUGAAAUUCAAUUGAUGGUAGAAGUGACGGAUGAACUGAAGAAGUCCAAAAGGUGGGCAAAGUUUGAUGCUUUCUUCGGCAUGAUUGUGUUCGCUAAUGCAGUUUCUAUGGGCAUUCAGACGGAUUGCCGGUGCGCUGAUGAUGUGGUGUGGCAGAUUCUGGACAAUGUUUUCCUCGUGGCCUUCAUCAUAGAGCUUGUUUUGAGGGCUGUGUUCAGUGGACUGCGGCAAUUUGGUGCCAUGAUAGUCUCUGACCAUUGGCUGCAGCUUGAUAUGAUGGUGAUUUCCCUGAGCGUUGUGGACACAUGGAUACUCGGCGAUUUGGGCAGCGGCGGAGUGUUUGCCCUCGCACGCCUCUACCGGCUACUUAAGCUUGUCAAGAUGGUUCGCUUGCUACGCACAUUUCGUCAGCUUGCCAUGCUCGUGGAGGGCAUAUUGAGCUCUUUGCAAACACUGUUCUGGGCAGUUCUAUUGUUGGCGCUGAGCAUCUACAUGUUUUCGGUGCUUCUGGUGCGAAUGGCACAGUGGAAUGUGGAUGCUGUGAAGGAUGCCUCGCUUCCUUUUACAUCGCUUCCAACAGCCAUGUGGACACUGGUGCAGCUAUCGACUUUCGACAAGUGGGUGGAAUUAGUGCGAGUUGCCGCCUUUCAGCUUGGGGGCCUUCAUGGUGGAGCAGUUGCCAUUGUUCUGUUGAUAUGUGUGUGCCUGACUGGGCUCGGCAUCAUGAACCUGGUGGUCGGCAUUUUGUGUAACACCGCCUUCAAGCUGGAAUCUCGUCAAGUUCGUAUGGUAGGAGCAGAACGUCUUUUAAAGCAGCAGGGGGCUCUCGAGCUUUUCCGUCAGCAGCUGCUCAAACACGGGACGCACCUGCUCAAGAACCCCCGAUACAUAGCGAAGGAAGAAUUCUUCGAAGCUCUGCAAGACAGUGGCAUCAAGGAAAUCAUUCAAAUCUUGAAUCUUACUGACAAGGACUUUGACAUGCUGGUAUCUGCACUUGAGGAGAACAACGACAUAGAAAUCGAUGGCAUUAUUGAGGCCAUUGGCAUCAUCGAACUGCAGUCCUACUUUGCACAGAGUGUGGCCAAUAGUGUCAAGAAACACAAAGCUGCGACAGCUUUGAGGCCAGUGGACCUGCUGUUCUUCUGUAUCAGUCUGCGACAACUGGAAGCUUCUAUGGAGAAGGUCGAUCGCCAUGGCCGAAGCAUGUGUGCUUUUGCAUAUGAUGCGCUAAGUAUUCUCUAUGCUCGUGCAGAAGAAUCCUACACCUUGCUCAGGCUGACACAUGACGUCAGAUGGACCCCGCCUGCUUCAAAGAUGGAGUCGACGCAGUCCUCCUUAAAUGUUAGGAAGAUGGAAGAGACGGCCAACCAGUUCAAUCUCGAUACGGAGGAGCAGAAGCUUCUCAUGCCGAUAGACAUCUUGUUCGGCAGCGUUAUCGCGGUGAACGGUGCAUUUGUAGGAGUUCAAACGAUGCAGGAUGACGGAAACGUGCUUGUGUACUGGAUUGACUUAGCCUUUACAUUUGUGUUUACCUUGGAGUUCAUUCUUCGUGGCGUUUUGGCAGCGAACCUAAAUUAUGUCCAUCAGACGGAAGAGGGGGAUAGUGACCUGAACUUCUUCCAGCAAGCCAGCAGGAAAGUGGCGAGAUUCGCUAAGUUGAGGUCAAGAGUCAGGUGCUGGAUCUUGCCACCUUGUCCACCCGGUGGGGUUCUCAGCGUGCUUUCUGCUACCUGCCGAAGCCUUAAGGAGUUUUCCGUCUCUUUCGAUUUCACGAUCAUCGUUCUGUCGCUCCUGGAUUCCCUGGUGAUUGUCCAGCUCCGCAAUGCUGGAGUGCUUGAGCUUGACACUUCGGCUCUCUCAGUUCUGCGAGCCUUUCGUUUGUUUCGCUUGGCAAAGCUACUGCGCAUAUUCAGGCUCUUUCCACAACUGCAGAAGCUCGUCUUCGCAUUGAUUGAGACCUGGAGACAAGUGUUCUGGGCCCUCAUGUUGAUUCUCCUUCUGUUGUAUGCCUUCUCCAUUUAUGCAGUGUCGAUGAUCGGGAGAGAUGCAGCUCAGGGAUCUACAUCGAAGUCGUACUAUGGUACUUUGACCGACUCUUUCCUCACAGGAUGGCAGGUCACAACUUUUGACCGUUGGGAUGAGGUUUUGUACACAUCCACCGACAACCUUCUCCAUUUCUGUAUGCUUUUGCUGGUGGCUGUCGUGUUGGGUUUGGGGUUGAUGAACAUGGCCGUUGGAGUUGUAUGUGAAGCUGCCAUGAGCUUACAAGCCAAAGAUGAUGCCGAUGUACAGCGAGCUGAACUGAUCGCGUUCUUGUCGGCUAUGAAGAAUCUCCAAGAGACGUGUGUACGAGAACUCGGGGACCAAAUACUGCCGGCGAGUUUGAUGGAAGAUGCCAUCGGCUUGAAAAUGAACCCGCCAUUGGGCCGUUCGAUCGCUGGCCAGAGCACCGUCAACAACCAGUUGUCUUUCGCGCAGGAUCAACUUCACUCGUUCCUGCCGAAGCUCCAAGAGUUUCUGGGAGAUGCAGGCUUGCACAGACUUCUGGUGAAGAGAGUUCGCGACAAAGUGGACCAUGGAAGAACUGGACUGGUCACGGUGGAUGACUUCACGAAAGGUGCCCUUGUGACGAAAGAAGACCUGGCAAAAGUUGAGUUGUACGGUUGCACGGUUGCAUUGCGGGAGGUUCGAGCCAAAUGUCUCAAGAUGAACGAGUGCAUUCUGAAUAUCCACAUGUCUCUGCAACUUGUUCUUGAAGAGAUGUGUGCGGUCAUCCACCGGAAGAAUCAAUCAAAUGACGAUGGUCAAAGUGCCUCUGGUGUACUGCAUAUCGACGGCAUGGAGUAUGAUCCGAGCACUUUACGACCGGAGGCGGAGAGAGCUGUCAUGGAAAUGGGCAAGUGGUCUGGCGAAGGCAGCCUUCCACAGAUUCUCAACAUGGGGACUCUUUUUGUUAGUGCCGGCACCGGGAAGAUCGACGUCUCCGGAGACGAAGUCGUCGGCUUUGGGACAGCCUUCCGAGCGGAAGUUCAGAUUGGUGAUAUCAUCAUAGUCGAACCCCUGGUCGCCCAGAAACAUGGAGACUUUGCAUCAAAGAAAACCUUCGCGAUGGCGGUCACUGUUGUCCUGUCGCAAACGCGGCUCAAAGUGGCAACGUUUGUGACGGAUUCCUUGCCCGAUCACAUGGUUUUCGUCGUUGCCAGGUUUCAGAAGGUGGUGCAGAUACCACCACCCAACACACCUUUCUCUGGUAUGACAGCACACGAGCCGAAGCAACUGUCACCCAGAAGCUCGCAGUGUUGGUUCGAAUGGGAUCUCAAGACGCAAAAACGCGACAUGGUAAAUUUGCAGGAGGCGGAGGCACACCACUCGUACCUCAAGAGGCUCAAGAAACAAGCCGAGUUUGAGCUGCUCACCGUGCUUGAACGCCCACUUUUGAGAAUGUGCUUCCAAGCCUUGAAGUCGCAGGUCCGACUCCGACAAAAGACUGUAUCUUUAUUGUGGUAA